AUGCUUCGCUACGCCGUGCCAAGUUUGCUGCUUGCCGCCGGCGCCACUGCCCUGCCGGCCCUUCAAGAUGACGACAGUCUUGACUACACGAACACCACGGCGGGAUUCACCCCGGUCAAUGUAACCACCGGCUACAUGGACCUUCAAGUGGGGGACAAUACCACCUUCGGCACCACCAGCAUCAAAGCUGCAGCUGCGUAUGACCUUGCCGCUAGUUACACCUCCUCCAACUGGUUCGACAGCUUCACGGUGCAGGCUCUUGGAACCGCCGAUCCAACUGGUGGUUACGUCAACUACCUUUCCCUAGCUGAUGCUCAAUCCCGAGGCUUGUACCAGAUCAAAGGCGAUCAGGUCUACAUCGGCGUUGACAGCACUACAGUGCUGGACCCCAGUGGAUCGGGUCGCCCCAGUGUGAGGAUACAAUCAAACACUGCCUUCACCCAUGGACUCUUCAUCCUUGACCUUGCCCACAUGCCCGGAAGCAUUUGCGGGAGCUGGCCGGCAUACUGGAUGUAUGGUCCUGACUGGCCCAACAGCGGCGAGAUCGAUAUGAUCGAGGGAGUGAACAACCAACAAGUGAACCAGAUGACGUUGCACACCGCUGCUGGCUGUACCGUCACCGUCGGAGAGGGAGGCCAAUCCGGAACAUCUGGAAACACCGACUGCAAUGCCAAUACCGCCUAUGAUGGCUGUGGGGUCACCAGCACCACCGCCAACUCUUACGGCACCCCCUUCAAUAACGCCGGAGGUGGUGUGUAUGCCACGUUCUGGAACGAGGGCAGCAUCCAGAUUUGGUACUUCCCGCGCAGCUCUGUCCCUUCCGACAUCUCAUCCGGCACUCCCAACCCUUCAAACUGGGGCCAGCCGAUGACCCACUUCUCCGGCUGCUCCUUUGACAGCUUUAUCAAGAAUAACAACAUUGUCUUCGAUGUCACGUUCUGCGGUCAGUGGGCCGGCAACGUCUGGUCCACAGGCACCUGCGCCUCUCAGACCGGCAAUGGCAACUGCAUCAACUAUGUCGCCAACAACCCGGGAGUCUUCUCCGAGUCGUACUGGCUCAUCAACUCGCUCAAGGUCUACACCGUUCCUACCUGA